AGAGAAGAUUUUUUUUUUAAUUAAUUUAUCAAUUUACAAUAUUGGUUAAAUGAAUAGGGUAAAUGAACCCUUCUGCAAAUUUCUUUUCGCGUCGAUAGCAUUGUUCUAAACCCUCCUGCAAAUUUCUCAAAUCUAGUUAGGGUUUAGUUAUCUAGUGGGUAUAGCAAGGCUGGUUUGAGAUGGGCGUGCCGGCGUUUUACCGGUGGUUAGCCGAGAAGUACCCGAUGGUGGUAGUGGAUGUUAUAGAGGAAGAACCCGUUGUAAUCGACGGCGUUAAAAUCCCGGUGGAUACAAGUAAACCUAACCCUAACAAGAUCGAGUACGAUAAUAUGUAUCUCGAUAUGAAUGGAAUUAUUCACCCGUGUUUCCACCCUGAAGACCGGCCUUCUCCAACCUCUUUUAGUGAGGUGUUUCAGUGUGUGUUUGACUAUAUUGACCGGUUAUUUGUAAUGGUGAGACCACGAAAACUGCUUUACAUGGCUAUUGAUGGUGUUGCUCCAAGAGCAAAAAUGAAUCAGCAACGUUCAAGGCGUUUUAGAGCAGCUAAAGAUGCAGCUGAAGCAGCAGCUGAAGAAGAAAGAUUGAGGGAAGAGUUUGAAAAAGAAGGAAGAACACUUCCACCAAAGAAAGAAUCACAAACUUUUGAUUCUAAUGUCAUUACACCAGGAACCGAAUUCAUGGCUGUUUUAUCAAUUGCUUUACAAUAUUAUGUCCACAAAAGAUUAAACAAUGAUCCCGGAUGGAAGUCUAUAAAGGUUAUUCUUUCUGAUGCAAAUGUUCCUGGUGAAGGGGAACACAAGAUCAUGUCAUAUAUUCGUCUUCAAAGAAAUCUCCCAAGUUUUGAUCCAAAUACUCGACAUUGCUUAUAUGGUUUGGAUGCAGAUUUGAUAAUGUUGGCUUUGGCUACUCAUGAAGUUCAUUUUUCAAUACUUAGAGAAGUUGUAUUUAUAAAAGGAGAACAAGGCAAGUGUUUUGUUUGUGGUCAAUCAGGUCAUAUGGCUGCUGGUUGUAAAGGGAAGGUGAAGAGAAAGGCAGGAGAGUUUGAUGAGAAGGGAGGAAAUGAAGAGCCUAAAAAACCAUAUCAGUUUCUCAAUAUUUGGACUCUUAGGGAGUAUUUGAAACACGAGAUGCAAAUUCCUAAUGUUGAGAUUGAUUUGGAGAGAAUAAUUGAUGAUUUUGUGUUCUUGUGUUUUUUUUGUUGGAAAUGAUUUUCUACCACAUAUGCCUACAUUGGAUAUUCGUGAGGGUGCCAUUAAUUUACUAUUUGCAGUAUAUAAAAAAGAAUUUAAGGCCAUGGGUGGAUAUUUGACUGAUGCAAGCAAGCCAGAUCUUGUUAAAGUAGAGUAUUUUAUUCAAGCAGUUGGAUCAUAUGAAGAGGCUAUAUUUCAAAAGAGAGCUCGUAUGCUUCAGAAACAACUUGAAAGGGUGAAACGUGACAAGGCUCAAGCAAAAAGAGGAGACGAUGGUCAACCAUGUGUUGACCCGGACUCAUUGGUCCCGAUCACCCGGUUCGAUGGUGCACGGUUAGCAUGUGGUCCUUCACCUUCACCUUACAAACAAAAACGAUCAAGAAAAGGUGGGAAGAAAAAUGAACACCAAGUUAAGCUUGCUACAAAAGACUUAUCUGCCCUUGAACUUGAUAUCCAACACAAAAGACCAAUGCAAUGUGAUGAUGAAAAAAUCGAUUUUCGUGCUAAAAAAGUUGCACGUUUGACUUCUGGGAAUACUGUUGGAGCUGCAAUUGUGGAAGCAGAAACAAGUCAUGAAAGACAAGCAUUUGAGAACAAAGAAGAAUUAAAAGCAAGGUUAAAGGGUGUACUUCGUGAAAAGUCUGAUGCUUUUAACUCUGAGGAGCUGGAAGACAAGAUUAAAUUGGGUGCCCCUGGGUGGAAGGAGCGGUAUUAUGAAGAGAAGUUUUCAGCCACAACUAUUGAGGAGAUGGAUGCAAUAAGGAGAGAUGUUGUUUUAAAAUAUACAGAAGGCCUAUGUUGGGUGAUGCACUAUUAUUAUGAAGGUGUUUGUUCAUGGCAAUGGUUUUAUCCUUAUCAUUAUGCACCAUUUGCUUCUGAUCUCAAGGAUCUUAAUAAAUUAAAUAUAAAAUUUGAGCUUGGGUCGCCAUUUAAACCGUUUAAUCAGCUGCUAGGGGUUUUUCCUGCUGCAAGUGCACAUGCACUUCCAGAACAAUAUAGAAAAUUAAUGACAGAUCCAAACUCGCCAAUUGUUGAUUUUUAUCCAACAGAUUUUGAAGUAGACAUGAAUGGAAAACGGUUUGCAUGGCAGGGUAUAGCUAAGUUGCCUUUUAUAGAUGAAACUCGUCUUCUAGAAGAAGUGAAAAAAGUAGAACACACUUUAACGAACGAAGAAACACAAAGAAACAGCAGGAUGUGUGACAUGCUUUUUGUGUCUAUAUCACAUAAGCUUUCUCCAUACAUAUUUUCUCUCGAUGACCAAACUAUAAAAUCUGGAUCCAAAAAGCGGGCCCAAAUCAACCAACAAAUCAAACCUGAAUCAAGCGAUGGAAUGAAUGGCUACUUAUCUCUUCCUUCAGGGGAUCCAUGCCCUAAAGUUUUCAGAUCACCUAUUGAGGGAUUAGAAGAUAUCAAAGACAAUCGUGUCAUUUGUGCAAUAUACAACCUUCCGGAUCCUCAUCCCCAUAUACCUCGCCCCCCUCCUGGGGUUAAAUUACCAAAAAAGACUGUAACGAAGGAUGAUUUGACAGAAACACCUGCCUUAUGGCAUGAGGACAGUGGUCCCAAACAUUGGGAAAAUGGAAGGAAUUCAACAUUCCGAUCCAACGGGCAGAAUACACACAAGAACCCGCCCGGAUCUAUUUCCGGGCAGCGGCUGGCUGUGGCGGCUCACAGACUUGUGGUCAACAGCCUACAAGCCAAAACCGCCGCCGCACCACCGCCUUUUCAACAAACUGGACCCCAUAAUCAUGCCGCCCAAAUAAACCGCCACCGCCGGAGCGGCAAUGACUCGGGUGAGCCGUUGUCGGGGCAGCCUCAGGGUGGUGAAAGGCGGAGAAAUAGGCGGAACCGCUACCGAAGUGCGGGUGGUGGUGGUUCUCAUCAGGAUGGUGGUUCUAAUAUUGAGGGUAAAUCGUCUGGUGGGAUAAAUCAGAAUCAGAAUCCGGUCAGAAUGUGGGUGCCCCGGGCAGGUCAAAGUGGUGGUGGGGCAACCACAAAGCCGCCUCCGAAUAAAGGUGGGAAAUUUACAAAGCUGCCACCACCACCACCACCACCACUACCGCCACAACCGCCACCAGCUCAUGAAUGUAAUAAAGUUAUUUCAAAUCCACCACCACCUCCCCUUGGAAAUAAAAAAGUUAAAAAAAGGGGGAAGAAAGUUUACAAAGCCGCCAACACCGCCACUGCCACCACCUCCACCACCACCACCACCACCACCACCAUGAGCUCAUGAAAAGAGGCAUUGAGUCAAUUACUCCCCAUGUUUUAGGUUAUAUCA